AUGGAGAAGCUACCUGUCGUGAUUCCGCGGUCGCAAGUUAUAUCGUGUGAGGGGGCGACCCUCUAGAGCCUGUUGUGGGGUCGUGGGCGAAGUCGGCGCUAAGUCGUGCUGAUGGCCUGGUAUAUUGUCGGCGGGAAAUGCGUCGAGAAAGGACUCCUCUUCCGGGAUGGUAGGGAGUGUUGAUGCGUGUCCUCUAUAGUCGAUUACCUUCUUGACUUGGUUGAGGUGAACCCGACGGGGUUUGGACUGCGGAGAUGUUAUACUCAAUGUAGUAGCGUGAGGUGGGUCGACGCUAAGGACUCGGAAUUGUCCGAUCCAUGGAAAGCAGAGUUUUCUCACAUGUUCCUGUUUGCCAGUGUAGUUGCGAAAGAAUACUCGGUCCCCUGCUUUGAUCUGGGAUGGACGCGCUGCUUUGUCGUACUGCGCUGUCACCGAUUGUUUGUAGGUGCGCGCAUAUUCCGCGGCUUGCUUCCAUGCCAAGUGUAGUGCGGACACGAGUUGCGCUCUAUACUCGUCGGUUUCGGAUGGACCGAGUAUCUGAGGUCCGGUUUGCGGGAGUAAGAUACGGUCGAUGGUAAACACCGGGUCCCUCCCGAACAGCAGGAAUAAGGGUGUUUUGCCCGUUGCUUCGUGAAUAGAUGUAUUAUAGCAGAACGUUGCGCAAGGAACGAACAAAUCCCAGUCUUUCUGUUUUAUGUUGAUGAACUUAGAGAGCAUAGAUUGGAAUGUGCGGAAUGUGCGUUCUGUUGCCCCGUUCCCCAUUGA